GGAUAGCUAUCACAGUUCGGUUCAUGUUUUCGCCUUGGACAAAACUUUUCACUCUUCUGAAAUAUUAUUUUUGCCAAGUAAUUUAUUCAUUGUAUUUCUAUCCUGAUAAUAGCUUAAUUUUAAGUACGUAUAGUCUGUAGUCGCAAAACAGAAGUGGCAGCAAUCGUAUUCGGUGUUACCGUGCCACGUGUCAACUUGAUUGUCCACUUUGCACUGACGCGAUCUUUUUCAUGGGGUAGCAUGGCUUUUAUAGCAUAUGCAUUGCCAACCCACCGAAGAAGUAAAACUUGAUGAAACGUAUUCCUUGAUACCAGCUGAUUGAGAUGCAGGCACAACUACCCAUAAAAAGUCAUGAUCAUGAAUUAUUAGGAACGCUUGAUUCAUUAUACUGCAAUAUCGGCAUCAACCACUGUGCAAGCAGCUGUCAUGUUUCUGAUAUGUCACCCUGGGAUGUGAAUGAAAAUUCUGACGCUGUCGCUCGGUGUUUGAUCAGUGAUUUCCGCUCGCGCCAAAGAAUGUCCAGCGCAAAUGGCAAUGGUUCACAAACGUUGACAGUGCCGACGUUCUGCUCACCUGGCGACUUAUAUUCCAAUCUGCCCGAUAACAAUUUCGAUGUCGUCAAGCGAAUCAAAACAGAACCGGCCGUGCCUAACUUUCCCCAUUAUAAUCCAAAACUGCAACCAAAAUUCCAGGGGUCAAAACUAAGCUUAUCCAUGGGAGCUCAGACGGUUCCUACGAUGCCCGGCGACUGUUACGACGAAAACGUUGCAGGCGAUACACCUGGAAGCAGUGUUCCACCUCUUACACCGGUUACCAAAAGCAAAAUGAAUCAAGCGAUUUACGCCAGCUUUAGCCAAUUCGACAAGGAGCGAUGCCGGCUAAAUAUACCAAAAGAUCCCUAUUAUUGGCGCGAGGAACACGUAGAACAGUGGUUAAACUGGGUGCGGCGCGAGUAUCAUGUGCCGGACGGUGAUGGAGUUAGCUUUCAUCCCUAUCGGAUAACCGGCCAAGAACUCAGCUCAAUGACCCGCGACGAAUUUUCCCAGUUUAUAAUUCACGGAGCCGGUGAGAUAUUUUAUGAACAUCUGGAUUUUCUUCGCAGAGAAGCGGAUCGGCAACGGGUGAUUAUGAGCACUUCGCAUUCGCAUUAUACUACCUCCAUACAAGCCAGUUCAGCGGGUAGCUAUGGGAAUCCUUUACCGUCCGUCCCACGAAAUAUCGAGUCGGCGUACGAUGAUUACCAUUGGCAGACCGAUGUGACCUAUCAUCCACCAUCCCCUCCUGCCGACUACUAUCCACCCUCGAUACCUCCCACUCAUCCCGUCAUCGAAAUGAAUGGCCAUAAUCGCCACCCUGAACUUGUUGUUCCGUCCAUUAUCCAUCCUUCCUAUCAUCCGUUCAAUCCUAGUUCUCCAACCGAACUCCUGCCGUUACAGCAAGCGUCCGGCGGGCCGAUACAGCUAUGGCAGUUUCUGUUGGAGCUUCUUACGGAUAAGCUUUGCCAGUCCUUUAUCACAUGGACAGGAGAUGGAUGGGAAUUCAAACUACUGGACCCGGACGAAGUGGCGCGCCGAUGGGGCAUCCGGAAGAAUAAACCAAAAAUGAAUUACGAGAAACUCAGCCGCGGAUUACGCUACUACUAUGAUAAGAAUAUCAUUCACAAAACCAAUGGUAAACGCUACGUUUAUCGCUUCGUCUGUGACCUCCAGCAAGUCCUCGGCGUUAGCGCUGAGGAAUUAUUUAAAAUGAUUGAUUUAUCACCGCAAAAAGAUAAAGAUGACUAACAUUUGACCAGCUGGUAUGCCUCAUUUGGAAUCUUGAACCGGGUGUUGGUCGGAGCGGCAUCGGCUAACCAGAUCAACGCGCCUUCUUAUCACGUCAUAUGCUUAUCUGUACUAAGUAUUAUGACGUAUUUUAACGGAUGUAAGCCUAUGGUCUUCCCACGAUCAAGGACUUUUCGUCUCGUUGCUCAGACCAGUUUGUACAAUCGGAACUAUCUCUGCAUUUAUGAUUUAUUUACUGACAACAAGGUUGUCCGCAUAAUUGCGAACUCCUUUAUAACGUAAUUAGCAGCCCAUAUAUUAUCUGUAAUGACUUUCUAAUUAUUUAAUAGUAAUCGAAUACUGGUCUCGCGUUGCCACUGUGUGGACUUUCUUCUCUUUUGCCUUAAAACUGAUUGUGAUAUUGGUGAUGUUAUGUAAAACAGUGCAACUGCUUGUCAGCUUUAAUAAAACCACAC